AAAAAAAUAAAUAAAUUGAACUCUCUUUCUCUCUCGCUCUUUCCGUGCUGUCUUUAUAGCGAAGCGCCUAUCAGAUUAAUCGCUGCGCACCAUAGCCUUAACCUAAAUUGCACAAAUGGAAAGCCCAGGAACUGAAGUUACGAGGAAACGCAUGAAACCAGCUAUGGAAGAGAAUGAAGGAGAUGUAGCAGUUGCAGAGAUUGUAGAAAAGGAAGAAUUUCAUACUGACAUUGCUGGAUCUUCGGAGAUGGAACUUAAUAUCAGUCACAUUCUUGAAAAGAUUGAACGCUUCACCCAGCUGGUGUCUGAGCUGCUGGAAUCAGGGAAGACAAUCUUUAAGGAACUGACUAACGCAUUUGAGGAGCGGAUGAUUAUGAUACAUAAGGAACAAAUUGAGAAAUGGCAGGACGAGAUUAAAGAACUGCGCUUGCUUGAUACCUCGAAUGAGGAGGCCAAUGCUGUCCUGCGUAAUGCUCAAUACUUACUAGAGAAUGCUCACAUCGACUCAUGAAGGUUUUCCUGUACUCUGUCAAGGAGCAAGGACGUUCACUCCGUUGGAUGAAAUCAAGCUAGAAGAUACUUCUUUUAGCACUUUGGUUUGAACAAUUUGCUGCCUGAUUAAUAUUGUAAGAAUUUCUUUAGUAUACGGAGUAGUUAAAGAAAAGAGGAGAAUUUGAAAGUUUCUUAACUUCAUGUAAAUACAAAAGCGGUGCUGGUCGACUGUGAUGCAACAAGUUGUGACAAAGAUUUAA